AUGGACUGUACUGCGCGUGUUUUCUGCAAGAAGGAAGAAAUGAUUAGACAUUUUAAGUGGCACAAGAAACGGGACGAGUCACUUGCCCACGGGUUCAUGCGCUACUCACCUCUUGAUGACUGUUCUGAGCGUUUCAGCGACUGUCCACACAACAGGAGCCAGACGCACUAUCACUGCAUCCAGGAUGGCUGCGAUAAGGUGUACAUUUCAACGUCGGACGUUCAGAUGCACGCAAACUAUCACCGAAAAGACUCUGCGAUCCUCCAGGAGGGCUUCCAAAGGUUUAGGGCGACUGAGAGUUGUGCCGCGCCUCAUUGCGUGUUCGCUGGUCAGAGGACCACACAUUUCCACUGCAGGCGGCCUGGAUGUACAUACACCUUUAAGAAUAAGGCCGACAUGGAAAAGCACAAAACGUACCACAUCAAAGACGAGGCCCUUUCGAAGGAUGGCUUCAAGAAGUACAUGAAAAACGAAGCGUGUCCCUAUCGCGACUGUAGAUUCAGCAGAACCUGCAACCACAUACAUUGUAUCCGACCGCACUGCAACUACGUGUUGCACUCAAGCAGUCAGAUAUUCACGCACAAGAGAAAACACGAGCGCAAGGAGCAAGAAAUGAGCUUUGGGCUUCCGACAUCAGUGAUUCAGAGCGCGCUGAUGCACCAAGGCGCGGAUUUAAGCCUGUAUUCCCCUGGAAGUAAUAUCCACGGAGAAGAUGAUAUGUCGAGCUCGAUGCUUGAUGAUUAUUCCAAUCCAUACAAUCCAGCGCUCGUGGAAGAAGUCUCUCGAAAGUACAUAGAUGUUUUCAACGGCAGCAAAGAGGCCGAUGAUAAAUGCAGCAAGUGUAGCGCCCUAAAUAAGCAUUACCACUGCUUGUUCGAAGGCUGUAAAAUGGCGCAUAGCUGCCAUAACACAAUGGUUAAGCACGUCUUGGAGCACGAGCAGCAGAAGCAAGUGACGGAGGCGUACUUCAUGACGUUUUCGAGGAACAACCCCUGCGGAAACUCCGCGUGCCAACACAUAAGGGAUAUCACGCACUACCACUGCACCUGGGAAAACUGCGGUGCCGUCAUUCUUUCGUCGGAGGAGCAGCCGUUCAGGCGUCUGGAACACCAUCGCCAGCACGCGAUCCUCAGUCCAAUGUCGCCUAACCUAGCGGCGAGAUUCGCGCCCAACUUCUCGCCGCAGCUCUCGGCGCAACUGCACCCAAACAUGGCAGCGCAGUUGGGCCAGGUGCCGAAUUUGCCAAGCCUGCCGCCAAACUUGGCGCAAUUAGCGCAGAUGGCGCCGAGCCUGUCGUCCCAGUUGACGCCCAAUCUUCAGGCCCAACUGAGCCUUGGUCCGGCCCCAGGAAUCGUGCCGCAGCAGGUCAACCCAUCCAGCUCUUUAGACGAAAUGUUCAGCAGGAAGAGAGGACGACCCCCAAAAAACAGAGUGGUCGAAGUCUGGACCGAUAACGUAACGCCUCAAGCUAUUUUUACCUCGUUCAAGCUUCCGAAAAGCAACCAAUUGCCACCGGUAGCGCAAUCUCCAGUCAUAGCGACAGUUGAAGAAUUCCCCCGCAUAAAAUUCCAACACUUCGAAGUCUUUACGGCCCAAGACACGUGCUCCCAGUACUAUCCCAGCUGCCAGCUCAGAAUGUCUAGGCUGCAUCUGCACUGCUUCAACUGCAGUUUCGCUGGGGAGACCCACGUGAUAAUGGAGACUCACAUGAGGGAGUCCCACUCAAUCUCGCCCCUGCUCGAGGGCUUCGACCAUUUCACCUCUUUCGAGCAGUGCGGCGGCAAAAGCUGUUUCAAGAACCAGCUGAGGUCACACUUCCAUUGCGCCCAAGGGAACAGUUGCCCAGCGAUCUUGACUCAAUACUCGGCGCUGGCUACGCACAAGCACGGCCGGGGAACCCCAGUGAUCAAGAGCGAAUCAGACCAGGAGAGGUCUUUUGACGAGGCCAAAGACUAUUCCAUCAAAGAGAGGGCGUCAGCAGACAGCGUCAGCUCCGCGAAAGAGCCGAACGAGUCCUACACCCCGACCAAUUUCUCUAUCAAAAGCGAAUUUGAAAGGGAACAGGAUAAUGUUUCGGUAGUAAAAGCGACGGGAACCUUCUACCCGUCAUCGCAUCUAAGAAGCAACACCUCGUCACCGUCACCGAGGAGCUUAUACGACGCGUCACCGUCGAAGGACAUGAAGUUCCGCAUGGACUUCGAACAGAAGAGGUCUUUCGAGCCUCCAAAGCUAUCGGGCCCGACAAUACCGCCUUCCUGCCACGACCAAGCCUGCCCACUGAACAAGAAUGCCGGUGGGAUGAAUCUGCAUUACCACUGCCCCACUGCAGCCAAGCUUACGUUGACC